UGAGAGUUAUCAACCGAGAUUAAACAAACGUGAAGUGAAGUGAUCGAAAAGAACUCCAUCGAGGGAGAAUCCUGUGCAAGACUGCAUCAUCAAGCGCUAUGAAGCUGAUGCCUGACACACUGUUAACGUCGGCCAUAAUCAUUCUUAUUUGCGAGUUCUAUGACAUUCAAGGCCAAACUGUUCAUCCUGGAAUCCGCGUGCGAGUGACAAACAAAGGACUUCAAUAUGCUGACAACGAUGUGGGAAUCCCAACGUUGUUGGAAAAACUCCAGAAAGAUAAAAUAAGAGACAUCAGUCGCAAAGAGAGGGGCCUUGAAUACACUUUGUCUGACAUCAAGAUUAAAAAGUGUUUGAUCGCUUCAUCUUCGCUUUCGACUGCUUCAGGAGAGGGUCUUCGUUUACAAGCAACUGGGAUUGACCUUGAUAUCGCAUUGCUCUUACGUUAUAAAAAGAAAGUCCUGUGGUUUCACGUUAAGGACAAGGUCAAUGUGGAGUUGAAAGUUCGAGGAGUAGCCUUUAACCUGAAAACACGAAUUGGUGUCGACUCCACUGGUCAUCCCACCAUUUCCACGCACGAGCAGGACUGCUCCUCGCAAGUCCGAUCAGUUGACGUUCAUUUCAGUGGCAGUCGUGCAAAGAAAAUAUACAACUUGUUUAAAAGGAGGAUUGCAGAUAAAAUCAAGGAUGCUCUCAAAAAAAAGAUCUGCAAGGAGGCUGAAGAGGCCAUAAACAGAGACGCAGCAAAGUACUUGGCAACAUAUCCAGUUCUUCGGAAAGUUGGUGAUGUGGCGCAGAUUGACUAUACCCUUGUCGCAAACCCUACAUUUACAUCACGAUAUAUGGAUGUGCCACUUAAGGGUGAAUUUAAAUCCCGCAGAUACCCUCAUGCCACAGCAAUGUUAGUUCCCAAAACAAUCCCAGACUUCGCGGAAGUUGAUAAAAUGGUUUACAUAUGGCUUACGGAUUAUGUUUUCAACACGGCGAGCCUUGUUUUUCACCAUGAAGGAAAACUACGUACCACUAUUAGACCCAGGGAUUUACCUCCUUCUGCCAGGUAUCAGUUGAACACAAAGUUUUUCAAGAACUUCCUAUACCAGCUGUAUAAACUUUACCCCGAUCGACCGGUGUUUCUUAAGGCCUACACAAGCAAGGCUCCUGUUUUCGUGUCAAGUCCUAACAACGUCAAUGUGACGGUGGCCGGUAAUAUUGAAGUGUACGUCAUUUCUAAAAAUGGGACAAAUAUAUAUGCCCUGACACUAGGUGUGAAAGUUAAUGUUCAUGGAUCUGUGGGUGUAAAACAAGGCAACUUGACGUUUCACAUCAAUUCAUUCAGAACCAAAUUACAUGUUGUCCGCUCUGCUAUUGGUGAUAUUGAGGCAAACGUUGGAUUGCUCCAAUGGUUUCUGAACGGUGUAGAGUCUGGAAAAGCUGUGAAAAAGCUUAAUGUAAUUGGGGAAAGAGGGUUUCCCUUGCCCAUGCUUCGCAAACUGAAGUGGGAGGACACCGAAGUAACUACAGGACAGGGUUUUGUUCUCAUUAAAACAAAUGUAAAGUACUCUCCUGCUAGUAAUUAGGACGAAGAUGAAGAUUGUAUGAAGAACAGAAGAACAUUGGCCAUGGCUUUCAUCGACACAGUUUUUUUUUUUUUAAUGUAAUUUUUAAUGUACCGUCUUCCACAUAAAUUACAUCUAAAUGACCGAAAAAAUGAUUGUAUGUCUUCGUUUCUACUGAAGAAAACUGGCUUUUUUCAGGUGGCACCGCAGGCUACCAAAUCUAUGAAAAUUUAUUUAAAAAAAAUAGAUAUUUCAGGAAUCCAGUUUAAUAGUACGUCUCUUUUAGGUUUUUAGUAAUGAUUAUUGAUUCUUUCACCUUUGAACUUAUUGGCUCACUUACUCUCCGAGUUUCGUCUUGAACAUGAAUUUAGAGUGAUAAAGUAGGGAAUGACUGGUUAAAUGAACAGAUUAAUGAUUUAAUAAACGAAUAAAUAGAUAGAGCGUUUGUCCAUCAUUGUCAACCGUUUAUUAGGGAAGUUAAGCAAACCACGAAGGCGAUGGCAACGAGGACGUAGAAAAGCAAAAGAACAAUAGCUUAUCACGUGUGUUUAAAAGUUUGUUCAUUCUAAGCCGUUCCCUGCAAAACCACGACGUGAAAUCCCGAAAUUUGCGUGGUCUUAGAACGACAAAUUAUUUAAGUAUUUAUGUACAACUCACAGUGCUCAUAAACUUUGUGUUGAGGUUGAGGUGUGGCCGCGUUAGAGACGGUAAACACAUCCAGCCAUUUGCAAAAUUCUAACUAAAAAUAUAUACCUAUUCUUAAUCACCGUCCUCCUCGGCGUUUCGUCCUGAUUGCUAAAGGUCCCUAAUCAUUUGCAUGAGUAGCAUUCCAUCUCGACUUUUUUGUCCUUCUUUAUCUCUCUUUUCUUCAUCGGCAUCUAUAUUCACUGGUUGCAAGCCGUUUCCUGAACUGACCUGAUUUAUGAGGUCAGGCCAGCAUCCAAGUUCUUUUGGAUACACCCUUAAUAGGAACGAUGUAACAUUCGGCUGGGAACAUAGAAAAGCUUUUGUAUAAUGUAUGGGUUUUGAAGUAAUUGCAUAAAUUCAAUGCACAAGCCUGAUAGAAAAGAACACCCCGAGUGCUCACAAUAGGAGUAGGAACUACGAUAAUCAAGCUGGUACCUAGGACUCUCUACCACAUGGUUCAUUUUGACAAACUUCCUGCAUUCUUCGAGGAUA